CCCAAUUUCACUAAUUUUGCCUAUGCACUUAAUAAUAACAUCCACAACUAAAGAUAAUACGGUUGCGGAACGACCUAUACUAAACAAAAACGCUCAACCGGAAUGUUGUUAAAGAUUCCCGUGACAAAUAACGAACAUGUCGCGCCAUAUUCUACGGUACGUAAUAGAACUUGUACUAUGGCUUUAGAUAUAAUGCAAAUCAUUAUGACCUACUAUAAACUGUAAGUAUUUGUACUCAAUUAGUUUCCCUUGCGAAUUUACAUGUUAAAUUGCAAUUGAAACAGCAAUAGUAGUAUUUCAUUUAUUCUUAAAAAUGGCUAAAUUUUAUAUGAAAUAUCCAUAUAAAGUUUCAAAAACCGUUUUCGGAGUCGAGUCCCAAAAAUGGAUUUGAAAAUAAUUUAUGGAAAAUGCAUUGAAAAUUAACCUUGAAAAUAGUUAUAGGGUGUAUGCUUCAAAUUUUGGGGACAGUGACAUAAAGUCUACUUAUUAUUCAAAAAUAUCGAAUUAUAACAAUUAAACAAAACGAAAACAAAAUUAUCAAAAUUGGUCACGAACUAAAUUUUUAAUUAAUAUAAAAAGUAGUUAGGUACUACCUAUAGAUAAUUAUUAAUUAAUAAAUACAAAUACUUGAGUAAGAACUGUGAACUUGACUAUUGCAUUUCUAAUCGUAUUCGUAUACACGAACAUAAAUAUUAUGUAACUAAUUAGUAAAUAAUAAUUACUGUUUCAUUGUAUUUUAUGUUACUAUAUUUCACUUCUGUAACCCUGUAGGUGCUUGAACAAUAAUAUAUAUAUUAAUGCAGUCGUAUAAUUUAACACCAAAAGAACGUUCUGUACUGGUAUGAAAACCAAUAUAUAUUUUGAGUUUUAAAUUAUCACAGUUCAUUCUGUACCUAUAUUAUCUAUAACUGUGAUAACACCUAAUAAUAGUUUUUUAAAAAUAAAGAUAUAGUGACGUUAACUAAUUCUGAUAAGAAAUUUGAGGUAUAAUAUGUUCCAAACGUAAUUAAGGCAAAGUUUUAAGAUGGGAUGAUUGUUCUUACAAUUUUUAAAAUAUUAGCUUUUGGUUACAGACGUAUAAGUUUUUAGUAAAAAGUUGGUUACACUGGAAUAAUAGAAAAUUAUUUUUGAAGAUUUUUACAUUACAGGCUUUCAGGUUUAACUUUUACAAUUUUGAUAACCGUAUUAAUUUACAUACAAGAUUUAUACUUCCCAGAUUUGUAUUUUCAAGAAUCAUACGUUCCAGAUUUGUGCAUUCAAGGUUUGUACAUUACAGAUUUUUAAGCACUCAAUUAUACCACAAAUAAUUUGUUCCGUUAACAUUUGAUCUUUAGACAUUUACACUGUUUUCUUUAUUUAAAUUCCUGUGUGGUUGAACACAAUUAUUUUUCUUUUAAAUUUCAAAGUUUAUUUAUUCAUUCGUAUGAUUUUACAAUGAGCUAUAGCUCUAAAAUUGUAUGAUAUGAUAUAUAACAUGAUAAAUUAAAUUAUUACUAUUAUUUGAACAAGUUUAAACAUAAAGGCCGUCAUCCCACUAGAGCGACGCGACGGGAUCAUAAAUAAAUAUCGUGUGAUAAUCGUUUGUUUUAUAAAACAUGGAUUAAUAUAUCGGAGUCCUCUUAUUGACGCGAUGCGAUGUGACACGAAAGUGACUGGUGCUGUCAGUCGCUUGGUAAAAGUUGCCUUGUCAACCACGUUUUUUUUAUAUUAUAUAAUAUAUUAUAUAACUAUAGGUACCAUAUUUGACUAUAUUUUUACUGCUACUAUUUAAUACUGUUUUAUAUUAUAAUAAAUUAAUAAAAUAAUAUUUAUAAAAAAAUAUACUAAAAAUACUGUAAAUUAUUAUUAUAUAAUUUAACUAUAGUAUGUUCUACUAUUAGCCAUAUAACUAUGGCAAAACAAAAGAAGAAAACUUAAUUUUAAACCAUGAUAGCUUCUGAGAAACUCUAGUCGCGUCGCCUAUGAUGUGCAGAACUCAUGACAUCAGGUCGUACGAUAUUUUGAUUGGCAACUAUUUUUUUAUAUUGCGUCAACUUCAUAUCGCGUUGCGUCACCCCAGUGUCAUGAGGGCCUUAAGGUACAAAAUACAAUAACAAAAAUCACAAUAAGUACCACAGUGAAUAGAAUGAUAUCUAAUAUAUAUAUAUAUAUAUGUAGAUAGAUAUUUAUGUUUACCAUAAUCUAUGCCCUUAUAAUAUAGUAUGGUUUCUAAAUAAAUUUUAGGCAUUUGGGUAUCAAUUAUUGAUACCUUAAAGCAUUAAAAUUCACAUAAUUUGUUUUAGAACUAAAAAAUAUACUCAUUAUGUAUUUUGUAUAAUAAGUUAUCAUAACCACAUACUAUCCAAUGAGUAAUAACAUUUGCAAGUUAAACCUAAUUGUACUCUGCAUUUUGGAAUAUUGUGCUUAAGUUCAAUCAUACAAAAAAUAAACAUAAUUAUUUUUCUUUUAAAUUUCAAAAGAAUUUAACUGUUAAUAAUUAUCUUAUUUGUAUUAUAUUUUGAAUAUUUAAUUUGAGUAUAAAUUAGAUAUUAAUCAUUAAGCAUUUCAUAAAUGCAAGUUAGAAAAUCAAAAACUGAUGAAAUAUCAACAAAUGUAUCUUUUUACUUUCACUACUAUAAUAUAAAACUAUUGACGUUUAAUUUUUAAUUUUAUAAAUCUAAAAAUUUUUAAAGCUUAUACAAACAAAAUAAGUAUUUACUUAUUCAUUUAAUAUUUUAAAAAAUAACAUCUCUGUUAGUUGAUAUAGAUAUAUAGAUUAUAUUGCAAACAAAAUUUAAGUUUUGAAUAAUUUUAUAUCACUUAUAUUUUACCUGCUUACAGUAAAUUAUUUCUUUAAAUCACAUAUAAAUAUUAAAUGUAUUAUAGAUUUUGCAAGGAUUAGUUAAUUCGCCGUCGGAAACAUCACAUUCCAAAAAAGAAGACAAAACUGUAUUUACUGAUGAAGAUUUUGAGAAAUUUGAACGCGAGUAUUUUCAAAAUUGAUGGAUGAUGCUAUAAUAGGAAAAAUUAUUAUAACUAUAGUCAUAGUCAUAUUUGCUUAUUUUACAUGUUGGCUGUUAAUACCACCAUUUGCUGAUUCAGAAUCAUUUAUUAAUCAAUUAUUUCCAUCUAUUUAUAAUGCACUAGUUAUGCCUGUCUUGUUUGGUGUAAUAUUUAUAAUUAGUUUAACAAUCUACACGUGUGUUGCAAUAAGCUAUUAAAUUAUGUCGAAAAAAUUAAUUGUUGUAAUUGCAGGAAUUACUUGCGGGGGCAAAACUUCUAUUGCAAACAAUCUUCCAAAAUUUUUUAGUAAUAUUUCAAUAUUACAUCAAGAUGACUUUUAUUACACUGACUUAAAUAAAUUAGAAAGUAUUCCAGAAUUAAAUUAUUAUGCAUUUGAUAAAAUAAAUGCGUAUGAUAUGGAUAAAAUGAUGAUUUCAAUUAAUUCUCAAAUCUCUGAUAUUUUGGUAUUAGAAGGAAUUCUUUUACUUGAUGAUAUAAGGAUUGUAAAAUUAGUUGAUUUAAAAUUUUUCAUUGUCAUGGAUAAAAAUAAUAGUUGGAACAGACGUAAAGCAAGAACAUAUUUACCCCCUGAACCAACUGACUAUUUUAACAAUUAUGUCUGGCCCGAGUAUGAAAAACAUUUAGCAAAAAUAGAAAUUGAAAACCAAGAUGUAAUAUUUUUAAAUGGUUCUAAUAGCAUUGACUUUAAUACAACAGUUGUUGUUAAUCAUAUUAAACAAUUUUUAUUAAAUUUAAAAUAAUUUCAAUUUUGUAUUUCUUCAUUAAUGUUAUUAUCUUAUUGAGUAUUAAGUUUAAUUUAAUCUUGUUAAUUAAAAAUUUGUUAAAAUGUUAAUUAUGCAAUGUAAAUUUACAUUAAAGAAUACAUUUAUAUAUAAUUAUUUUCAAAAUUGUAAUUGUUAAAAAAAAAAUUGUAUUUUGGGUUUCAAAAUAUUUCCAAAAAUAUAAUAAUUGAUUAUUAAAUAGUGUUUAAUUUGAUUGUUUUAUUUUAUUUUUUACAAACUAAUUAGUUUUACUCCACAAUUCUAAAAAAAGGAAAUAAUAUUUCAUAUUAAUUGCCUAUGUAAUAAUUUACAAGUUUAUUACUUAAUAACCCGCUAUUUAAAUUUGAUAUACUGAGAACAAAAAAUAAUUCCUGUUUCUUAUUAUUUUAUAUGAUACUUGAGAUUUUUUUAUUUAUAGGUUCUGAAUAGAUUGGAAAUACAAUGGUAUUUAUUUUUCUGUGGACAAAAAUCUACCAGCAAUUUUGCCUCAGUUUACAAUGAAAGCACUAUUUCUGAAAAGAAAUCAUAAUAUGGCUUAUGCAUUGUUGACAAAACAACAUUAUCAAAUAAACUCUGCUAAGUUCCUUUUUUUCGUUGUGAUGGUUAUUAUGGGAUUUUCAUUUCUAAUUUUGAUGAUAAUCGUUUCAGGAAAAUAUUAUGUAAAACAAAUAAUUUAUUUGUUUUUAACAUAAAUGCAUAUUACCAAUUAUAUAACAAUAGUGAAUUCAAAAUUGAGCGAAUUGUCUUAAUUUCAAAAUUAUAGUUUUUUGUAGUUCUGAUAUUAUUUGUUUUGUUAAUUAACUUUAUAUUAUCAAUAUUUUAUAGCAUAUUGGUACUACCUAUCUUUUGUCUUUAUAGAGAUUGAGAGUUCAAACUCGUGUUUUGGAAACUAAGUUUAAGUUGUUUAUUGCUUUUUACUUGAACAGGGAAAAAAAAGACAUUUCAGGUGUGCCUUAAUAUCCAAGUUAUCGCUUGCUCGGAUUUUUUUAAUCAAAAAAUAUUGCCCUUUUUUGAAUUUUCCAAGUUUCUCAAUAAAUGGGAAAAACCGGAGAAUAUAUUCAAUAUUAAUGAAAAUAUAUAAUGCAUAUUAUUUUAUUAUUUUCCAUUUAUACAUAUAUAUUAUUGACAAAGGUGAACUUAAACUUAACUAUAUUCAUCUAAGAAUCGUAUUUCGUUGCAAUGACUAAUUGUUGCAUACAAUAAUAAAAUUAAUUUCCCUUUUUAUCCUACAUUUCAAAAUUUUCACCCCUAACAAUUACAACACUGCCCGAUAAUAUAUCUAUAUUAUUUUUAACAAUGGCAGUGAUCGGAUAUUUGGAGUGGAGUUCUGGAAUAAACGAUAUUAUUUAUAUCUAAAAUAGUAAACAU